AUGGCUCAGAUUACCUCCGCAGGAGUCACCCUGGUCUCGCAAGGGGCCGGGUAUGGACUUCUCAUCGGCCUCGGGAUUCUCUUCUGCGGCGUGAUUCUGAUCGCCGUCAAGAUCCAAAAGACCUAUCUGGACGAAGACUCGGGCAAGUCGGAGAUGUUCAUGGUCGCCAAUCGAACAGUCGGGACGGGGUUGACAGCGUCGGCGGUGUUUUCGUCGUGGAUGUGGAUCAACGAGACGGUAUUCUCGGCGGUCAAUUGUUAUCGCUUUGGCCUUGCGGCACCGAUGUGGUAUGGUUCGGGUCUAUGCUUUCAGAUUGCCCUGAUGGCAAUCCUGGGCGUUUUGGCCAAGUUGCGGGUCCCGUAUGCUCAUACGUCGCUGGAGAUUAUUCGCCAGAGAUACGGCAAGAUCGCCCAUGUGGUGUUCCUUGUGCUGAACCUGUUCUGCAAUAUCUUUGGCUGCGCUUCAAUGAUCUUGACAGGCUCGCAGCUGAUCCAUGGAAUCGCCGGAAUUCAUUUCGUGGCGGCCACGAUUCUUAUUCCCCUCGGAGUCGUAAUGUAUACUGCUGUCGGUGGGCUCAAGGCUACGUUCUUGACCGAUUAUCUGCACACGGCCAUUGCUCUAAUUCUGAUCAUUUACUUCACGAUCUCCAUUCUCACGCAUGAUGCAAUUGGGGGGCUUUACGGGCUUUACGACAAGGUUCAGGCUCUUUCCGAUGACAACUUCAUCCCGGGCAAUUUCAACGGCUCUCUUUUAACCAUGAAGUCGCACGAUGCUAUUAUGUGGGGAUUGAUUCUGAAGUUUGGCAACCUUGCUCUCGUCGUGAUGGACACCGCGUUCUGGCAAAAGUCGUUCGCCACCGAGGUCAAAGCCACCGUUCCAGGAUACAACAUCGCCGCUGUCGCCAUCUUCGGCGUUCCAUGGGGCCUGGGCACUGUGAUCGGUCUCGCUGCACGAGUCCUCCACGACACCCCUCUCUUCCCCACGUAUCCCGGCGAAUUCACCGAGUCGGAGGUCCUGACGGGUUUCGUGAUGCCGUACACCAUUCAAGCCUGCAUCGGCGAGAAGGGCGUGAUCGCCUUCGUGGUCAUGCUCUUCAUGGCCCUCACCAGCACCGUCUCCUCCUCCAUGAUCGCCGUCAGCAGCAUUCUCUCCUUCGACCUCUACAAAACCUACAUCAACCCCCGGGCAUCCGACAAGCGACUCAUCCGCGUCAGUCAUCUGUCCGUCGUCUUCCACGCCAUCUUCAUCACCGCCUUCUCCAUCGUCCUCAACUACGGCGGCGCCAACAUGACCUGGAUCGGCUACUUCCGACCCAUCCUGACCUCGUCGGGCAUCGUCCCGCUCAUCUUCACGCUCUGCUGGUCCGGCCAGACGCGUCUCGCUGCCAUCUGGGCCCCGAUCCUAGGCUUUGGCACCGGUCUGGCGAUCUGGCUGGGCACGGCGAAAUCGCUGUACGGCGCGGUCAAUCUCACCACCACCAUGGAGGAAGCCCCGUGUCUGUACGGUUCCAUCGCCGCUUGUUUCUCGCCGGCCGUCUACUCCAUCCUCAUCUCCUUCUAUAAGCCAUACAAGUUCGACUGGCGACAGUUCCUGCGCAUCGAACUCGUCGACACGCCUGAAUCUGACACCACAGGCACUACCACCCCUACAGAUACCCCCGAAAAAUUCCCCGUCGUUUCAACAUCCUCUCCUUCUCAGCCCCAAUCCGAAUCCCAAUCUCAAUCUCUUGACAACCUCCAUCACCCCUUCGACCAACCCACCCUCAUCCAGCUCCACAAAUGGUACCGUAUCUCUUGGAUCACAUGGGUUGUGCUCGUGCUGCUCACGUUCGUGGUCUGGCCGAUGCCGCUGUAUCGUGACUAUGUGUUCACGAAGCCGUUCUUUGCAGGCUGGACGACCGUUGCCAUCGCGUGGCAGUUCCUGGCGUUUUUGGCGGUCGUCGUAUAUCCGGUUUAUGAUGGGUGGCGGGAUAUUUGGAUCGCCGCGAAUGGGGUGAGUAGGGAGGUGAAGGGAUGGUUUUCUAAGACUUGA